GAGAGACAGAGAGAGAGACAUAGAGAGAGAGAGACAUAGAGAGAGAGAGAGAGAGAGAGACACUGAACACGACACACACAUGUUUCACGUGUCAACAUCACACACAAAGUCAACACAGACUUCUACACAACAAGCAGCAGCUGUAGAAGCUUCGUCCUCGUCUUCCUCUCGUCCAGAGGACAGACGACACUCACAGACACACACCAGCAGGACCGAUCUGAGACGUGCUCCUGCCAACACCCUGCUCACUUUCCAGUUAGUCGCUCCAGCAGGUUCUCCAGGUUCCACUGAAGGGAUCGGUCCCGUGGGUUGAAGCAGAGUGCAUGCUGGGACAAUAACAACUCCUCCUCCUCCUCCUCCUCCUCCUCCUCUCAGUCCCUCUCCUCAGCUCGAUGCCUCGAUGGAGAGCGCUCUUCAGUCUCUGCUCUCGAUGGUCCAGCCCGGUCCCUCAGGCCCUGGUCCUGUCCGUCCUCACCUUCUGCAUCGUCCUGCCGCUCUGCUGCCACCAGCUGCUCUACUCCUACUUCUUCAUGAAGUCCGUGUACCUGGACUCCAUGAGUGAGGAGGUCCUGCAGGACAGUCUCACCCGGGGUCAGGAUGCGCUGAGCUUCUGGCAGAGCGCCUCCAGCCCGGCGGGGGGGGGGUCUCCCAGGUUCCACAGCCCCGCCCAGCACCCCGAGCUGCUGGUCACUGUGGUGAGCGUCAGGCGGACGGAGGGGCGGGACUUCCACUACCUGCUCCAGGUGAUGCAGCAGCUGAGCGGCCUGGUGGGGGGCUGUGGGGAGCGGGGGUGUGCCGAGCUGCUGGUCUGUGACGUGGAGAGCGGUCCCCAGGAGAACCAGGACGCCAAGCUGCUGGAGAACCACCUCCGGGUGGUGCGGCGCUCGCCUGAGGAGCAGCAGGCGGCCCGGGAGCCCGUCAACACCUUCGAGAGGGAGAAGAGGGAUUACGUCUUCUGCGUCCGGAAGGGCUGGGAGCUGCUGAGGCCCCGGAACAUGUUGGUCCUGGAGGACGACGCGCUGCCCAGGGAGGAUUUCUUCUCGGUUGUGAGGGACCUUCUGUCUCGUCGCUUCUCCCUCCAGACGCUCUACAUCAAGCUCUAUCACCCGGAGAGGCUGCAGCGCUACUGGAACCCGGAGCCCUACCGCAUCCUGGAGUGGGUGGGGCUCGGCCUGGUGGGAGCCACAGCCCUCCUCCUCAGCCUCGCUUACUGGAACCCCUUCUCCUUCUCCUUCACCCUGUCGCUGGGCCACCUCCUCUUCUUCACCCUCUACUUCAUGGCGGCUGCGGAGCUCCUGGGGCGGCACUACGUCCUGGAGCUGCGGAGACUCUCCCCUCAGCUCUACGCCGUGUCCCCGGCCACCGAGUGCUGCACCCCCGCCAUGCUGUUCCCCGGGAACGCCUCGCUCAGGGUGGCCGAGUAUCUGGACGGCUCGUUCUGCGUGAAGGGGAACGCCAAGGACAUGGUUCUGUACCAGAUGGCGAGGACCAUCCCGGGGGAGACGGCUCACAGCGUGGAGCCCAACCUCGUCACCCACAUCGGGGCCUUCUCCUCGGUCAGGCCCAACCCAUCCAGGCCCAAACUCCUCUGACAGAACCAGGAGGGGGGUUGAUCAGAUUCCUGCUGGGUUCUACUCCUCCUUCCUGCCACGCCCCCUUGUGGACCCCUCCCACAUUGUAAGUAGAAGAUUUGGGGGAUUUUCAGGGGAAAAGUCGCCAAGUCAUCAGGAAGAAAUUGGACUAAGUUCUGAUGUUUGUGUCUCAGUAACGUCUUCAGAGAGCGGGUCGGUGUCACAGUGUUCAGUCUCACACCGACCACAUGAUGUGCCUUUUCAAAUGUUGUUAGAAACACAAAGUCCAUUCGGUAGAAACUUCUUUCAUCAGAGUUUAUUACACAACAAGAGGAGACUGUAGCAGAGGAUGGUGUCACAACUAAAAGAUAGAGAACAUAUAUAUUUAUAAGAUUCAACAUCAUGAGUGAGACAAUCUGCAAACUGUGUCUGAUGAGGUGAUGAAGAGGUUCAACAUCUGCUGACAUCACAUCAUCAUCAUGGAGAACUUCUUUAAUCGGCUUCUGGGGACUUUCCUGAUUUCUAUUCAUCGGAAGUGAUUCGUUUACAAUUUGUUCUUGUGACAGAUUCAGUCGACGGGCCGUCUAAGUGCAGUUUGGUUUCAGACCCGUAAAAAUACAUGUGUAGCUGAUUUGAACAUGAGCCUUGAUUUCCUUAUGAAUCUAUUUUAAAACCCCUCCGAUGCUGCCUUAACGAUUCAUCAUCCACUUUCAAAAGUUACAGAUUUUAGUUACAGGCUAGUUUAGGAAACAGGAAGUUGUAGUGUGGUUGAGAACCAGUUCACUUUAUUGGACGCUGAAUCCAGACCAGGAACAUGGGUUUCUGAUUGUGGCCUUUUGUAUUUUACAGUCCUGUCUUUGAGGUUUGAGAUGGAACGCAGGCGCAGGGGUUCAGCUGUCAUCUUCCUCCAUUUGGAAAUGUCACGCCUGAUGUUACAACAUUUGUCGAGCAGCCCAACCUGUGUUUGUGUCUCUGCCCUUUUUACAUGUGGAACAUAUUUAACAUUUAAACACUCUUUGAUGCUUUGGUUUUGUGAUUCCUGCUCAGGACGGCUUUGCUUACGAGCGUCCUUCAUUUUUCUAGCAAAACAACACAACAGGUCAAUAUCAACUUUUUCCCUCACGUCAAAUGAAUCUUCGAGUUUAGAAUAAAGGUGACAGCCUUUGUUUGUUUUUCUAAGCUAGAUUAAAUACUUCUUCUUCUCUGUCUGACACAGAAAUGAAGUUGUCGCCGGUCAAAUCUAACUCUGAACUAGACGGAGAUCGAACAGAUUAAUAAAAUGUCCGACAGUUGCCCGGACUCAGCUUCCUGCUCA